AAUAGCGCAGGCCUACUCUCUGCUGCUGUGGGAGCGGCGGCACAAACUUCGCGCUGUUGCCGCCUUGAGAGGCCACGUCUUUUGGAGAGCGAGCGCACGUCAGUUCCGCAGACCAGAGAUCCGUCGAGAAGGAGCAGUAAGGAGGGGAGUGAAGGACAGGCACACCGAGCGAGCUGCGAACAUGGUGGACUAUCAUGUCACGAACAACCAGCCACUGUCCGCGGACGGCACCGCGCCCUAUAUGGCGCAGAGCGACGAGUGGGACCGCGACCUGCUGCUCGACCCAGCCUGGGAAAAACAGCAAAGAAAGACAUUUACUGCCUGGUGCAAUUCCCAUUUGCGUAAAGCUGGAACCCAGAUUGAGAACAUUGAUGAAGACUUCAGAGAUGGCCUGAAACUCAUGUUGCUGCUAGAAGUCAUAUCAGGAGAGCGGCUGCCAAAACCAGAACGAGGCAAAAUGAGGGUCCAUAAGAUCAACAAUGUCAACAAGGCCCUGGACUUCAUUGCAAGUAAAGGAGUAAAGCUGGUGUCCAUUGGAGCAGAAGAAAUUGUGGAUGGCAAUGCCAAGAUGACAUUAGGAAUGAUCUGGACAAUUAUCCUGCGAUUUGCUAUUCAAGACAUCUCUGUAGAAGAGACCUCUGCUAAAGAAGGUCUACUACUGUGGUGCCAGCGCAAAACUGCCCCCUAUAAGAAUGUCAACGUACAGAACUUCCACAUCAGCUGGAAGGAUGGUCUUGCUUUUAAUGCCUUGAUUCACAGACAUCGACCAGAACUCAUCGAUUAUGACAAGCUGAGAAAGGAUGAUCCAGUCACCAAUCUCAACAAUGCCUUUGAAGUUGCAGAGAAAUAUCUUGAUAUUCCUAAGAUGCUUGAUGCUGAAGACAUUGUGGGUACGCUGCGCCCUGAUGAAAAGGCCAUAAUGACCUACGUGUCCUGCUUCUAUCACGCCUUCUCUGGGGCACAGAAGGCUGAGACAGCAGCCAACCGGAUUUGCAAAGUGCUGGCAGUCAACCAGGAGAACGAACAGCUGAUGGAGGAUUAUGAGAAGCUGGCUAGUGAUCUACUGGAAUGGAUCCGUCGUACUAUCCCUUGGCUUGAGAACCGAACUCCUGAGAAAACCAUGCAUGAGAUGCAGCAGAAACUGGAGGACUUCCGUGAUUACCGCCGUGUACAUAAACCCCCUAAAGUCCAAGAGAAAUGCCAGCUGGAGAUCAACUUCAAUACUCUUCAGACUAAGCUGCGGCUAAGCAACCGACCAGCAUUCAUGCCAUCUGAGGGAAGGAUGGUGUCGGACAUCAACAAUGCUUGGCAUGGCCUUGAGCAGGCAGAGAAAGGAUACGAGGAGUGGCUUCUGAACGAGAUACGUAGAUUAGAGCGGCUGGACCAUCUGGCUGAGAAGUUCAGACAGAAGGCUUCCAUACACGAGUCCUGGGCUGAUGGGAAGGAGGUCAUGCUGACACAAAAGGACUAUGAGACUGCUACUCUGUCUGACAUCAAGGCUCUGAUCCGCAAGCAUGAGGCCUUUGAAAGUGACCUGACUGCUCACCAGGACCGAGUUGAGCAGAUUGCUGCUAUAGCUCAGGAACUCAAUGAGCUGGAUUACUAUGACUCUCCCAAAGUGAAUGCACGCUGCCAGAAGAUUUGUGACCAAUGGGAUACCUUGGGAUCCCUUACUCAUAGUCGCCGGGAAGCCCUCGAGAGAACAGAAAAACAGCUGGAGUCUAUCGAUGAACUAUACUUGGAGUAUGCCAAACGGGCAGCGCCAUUUAAUAACUGGAUGGAAGGGGCAAUGGAGGACUUGCAGGACAUGUUUAUUGUUCACAACAUUGAGGAGAUCCAGGGCCUGAUAAGUGCUCAUGAGCAGUUCAAAUCCACUUUGCCUGAGGCCAACAAGGAACGUGAAGCCAUACAAGGAAUCCAGAGUGAAGUCCAGAGGAUUGCCGCUCAAAACAAUAUAAAGCUGUCUAGCAGUAACCCAUAUACCAGCAUUACGCCACAAUCCAUAAACUCAAAGUGGGAUAAGGUCCAGCAGCUAGUACCUCAGAGAGACCAUGCUCUUCAGGAGGAGUUGGAGCGCCAGCAGUCCAAUGACCACUUGCGCAGACAAUUUGCUAAUCAAGCCAAUUUAGUAGGGCCUUGGAUCCAGAACAAGAUGGAGGAAAUUGGCCGUAUCUCAAUUGAAAUGGAUGGCACUCUGGAGGACCAGCUAAACCACCUUAAACAGUAUGAGCAGAGCAUCAUUAACUACAAGCCCAACAUUGACAAGCUUGAGGGUGAACACCAGCUGAUUCAAGAAGCACUUAUAUUUGACAAUAAGUACACCACCUACACAAUGGAGCACAUUCGAGUUGGCUGGGAACAGCUAUUGACCACCAUUGCAAGGACCAUCAAUGAGAUAGAGAACCAGAUCCUGACUCGUGACGCCAAAGGCAUUAGUCAGGAACAGAUGCAUGAGUACCGAGCUUCAUUCAAUCACUUUGACAAAGACCACAGCGGCACCCUUGGGGCUGAGGAGUUCAAGGCAUGUCUGAUCAGUUUGGGCUACGAUGUAGAGAACGAUAAGCAGAAGAGAACAGGAAAGAUGGACACUGAUGAUUUUCGAGCUCUUCUCAUCUCCACAGGAUACAGCCUGGGUGAUGCUGAGUUUGCACGAAUAAUGGGCAUUGUUGAUCCAAACAAUACUGGCUUCGUGACAUUCCAGGCCUUCAUUGACUUCAUGUCACGUGAGACUACUGAUACAGACACUGCUGACCAGGUCAUUGCAUCAUUCAAGAUUCUUGCUGGAGACAAGAACUACAUCACAGCAGAUGAGCUGCGUCGGGAGCUGCCACCAGACCAAGCACAAUACUGCAUUGCUCGUAUGGCACCCUACACCGGCCCCGAUGCCAUUCCAGGAGCCUUGGACUACAUGUCAUUUUCCACAGCUCUAUAUGGGGAGAGUGACCUCUAAGUCGGUUGCUCACUUGACCACCAUUCCAGCCUGCAAAGGAAGAUCAACACAAGGGGGAGCAGAACAUAUGGCCGCCUGGUUGUUGUGAUUCAUAUGGCUUCAUUACAGUUAGGCUAACAAUGAACCAUCUUGCCUGGGUGCCUCAUUCCUUGGGAAGCGUGCCCUCUUGUGUUGAACUUCCUCAUUGGAAGGACUCUACAUCCCUGUAUGGGAGUCUAAGGUCCUGAUAGCGCCUCAAACAUUCCAUUGUCUUAAUAUUACAAGAACCUGAUCUAUGCAAUCUGUCAUUGGCUGGGUGGGAGCUGUGGGGUAUGUGUGGGGGGAGGGGGUGGGAUCAGUGUUGCUGUUGACCAAACUUCAUUUUUUUGUUGUUGUUAAUCAAUACUAUUUAAAAGUUAAAUUUGGAAUUUAAAUACUUAGAAACUGUUCUUUGAAGUAUUUGAAAAACCUUCUGUACAAAACAAUUUGUAGGUUUUAAAAAAACAAUAUAUAUAAAUAAUUGAAAUUAUAUAUUUAGAGUGGGAAAGAGAGGGUAUUUAGAUAAAGCACCCUCCCCAGAGCUGUCCUGCAUUUUACAAGACCGGUUUGUUUUUUUUGUUUUUUUUAAACUGGCACUGGCAAUUUUGGUAUGUUAUCUCCGAGUUGGCCCCUGCUUUGGUCAGGAGAUGGUUGAAAAUAUCUGUUUCCUAUAUAAGAAGAAAAUUUGUCAAAUGGUUUGUUGCUUUUUCAUUUGUAGUUACUGUUGUUGAGGGUGGGGGGGGGGGGGGUGCUUAGGGUUGUUCUGGCAGCUUGUGGGGGGGGGGGGGGGGGGAAUGAUAGUAGAUAACUCUAUUUAACUGUGUUCACAGAUGCACCAGUAAUCACACCAAGCACAGACAAACACACACAGACACACCUGCAUGUGUGUGUAUACACUUGCGCUGUCUAUUCCCUCCCAGGGGGUUUUUACCUUCUCUUUCAGAGCAGAUUAAUAAAAGGCACCAUAUUUUUGAA